CAAACCUUUCUUAAAAAAUGUCUAGAGAGGUUUGUAUUUUUGAAAUAAGAAUGACCGAUGCGCUUCAAAGGUGCUCAAAAACUUUGCAGUCUUAACUGUUUAGUAUUCUACUCUGUUUGUUUACAUCAGUACGGUACCCAUAUUGUUGGCAGUAAGUGGAAGUGCGCCCUAAUUGAUGAUGGUCCUGAGACGAGGAGAGUCUACUAGCCGUGGUUGGCGUUCUAAAAGCAAUCAUCGUUGUUGCUUCAAUUCCCUGUUUAGAAACAAAGAAACUAGAUAUGUAUCGGAUUCUGUUUGUUCCACUUCUUCUUCAUCAGCUGGUCAUCGAAAACGGUCCAGCACAUCCGAAAAAGCAUCCUCUGGUUAUGGUUGUUCAGACCCUAAAAGACGUCGUGUUUCAGAACGUAGUAAAAGGCGGAAUCAUAGUUCCCAUGUAUCAGUUCCUAAUUUCAAUCAUACAACGAGCACAUGUAAGGCAGUACGUAUCUCUGGUGAUAAGGGCCGUCCUCGAGACCGUUCUAACAGUUCCUCCUGCAGUGGCAUCGCUCCUAGUCAUGCUACCAAACCUCCGCCUCACCAUCCAACUAAGCGAGAACGGCAGCGUAGUCCAAGUAUCGAAAUCCAUGAUGGGCAUUCAAUGCGCGUUCACUUACAUAAUGGGCAAUUUCCUGGUUCUCCGAGACUCCCUGACAGAGAUGACAAGCAAAUAGCACGUCGGAAGAGAGAAGAAAAGCGUCGCGAUGAAAAAGCACGAAGGAAAGCUAGUCAUGAGCACCACAAACGCAAACCAUCUGCUAUUGUACCGGUCGGUGACACUAUCAAGCGACGCUUUCGAGUGGAGAAGAUACUAGGAGAGGGUAGCUAUGGGCAAGUUUUUGAAUGUUUUGACUUGUACACAAAUUCGUUGACUGCUGUCAAGGCUCUUAAACCUCAGAGUGAUUAUAGUGAUGCUGCGCGUCACGAGGUUAAUGUUUUAGAAACUAUUGCAAGAUUAGAUGCCAAAGAUCGAUCCCAUUGCAUAUCAUCUAUAGAUUUCUUCGAAUGGCAUGAACACUUCUAUAUUGUAUUUCCUCUACUUGGUCCAAGUGUUUUUACAUUUCUUGAAAAAAAUGACUAUGAACCGUACACCAUUGAACAAUGUGCAAUAAUUAUCCGACAGUUGUGUGAGGCUGUUGCCUUUUUGCAUCGAAAUAAGCUCACACACACAGAUUUAAAACCUGAGAAUAUUUUAUUUGUUGAUGGUACUUACGACGAAGUUUAUGUCAACCAUCGUGGCAGGACAGUACGGCGAAUCCGUAAUCCAUCCAUAAAGCUUAUAGACUUCGGAUCAGCCACUUUCGAUGAAGAUCACCACUCGACUACCAUACAGACACGGCAUUAUCGUGCUCCUGAAGUUGUUAUGGAGCUUGGAUGGGAUCGAUCUGCUGAUGUAUGGUCUAUAGGAUGUAUUUUGUAUGAAUUGGUGACAGGACAAUGUUUAUUCAUGACACAUGAUAACCUUGAGCACCUAGCUAUGAUGGAACGUUUACUAGGGACUCUCCCAAAAUGUAUGACAAAGGUGUCCCGUCGACGACGAUAUUUUCGCCAUGGUCGGUUAGAUUGGUCUCCUGCUUCUUCAGAGUCUCGUUACGUUAGGAGAGUUCUGAAACCUCUUGGUGACUACUGGUUUUCUAAUUCUGACCUUUACAAGCGCCUGGCUUUCGAUCUUGUAAAAGAGAUGUUGGUGUACAUUCCGUCAGAACGAAUUACCUGUUCCAGAGCAUUAGAGCAUCCUUUUAUUCUUUCGUUUCAUAGUUGAAAUUAUUCACUACCCCUGUACAAUAUCCCCCCUGACUAUGAUUAUCAUUGUUAUUUUUGUGAAUAUUUGUUUUCUUUGCAAUGGAUGCAUAUGUCGGCCGUCAGUAGCACUACAGGUUUUUCUUACUUCGUUAAGGUUUGAAAACUUUAUUUUCGUAUUUCCUAAAAUUCGAUAGCAGAAAAAAUAACAACAAUCAUCUCUUCAAAACUUCUUUAUUUAUCUGGUUCCCGACCUUCACUUUUACAGUAGUCUAGACUUUCUAGAAAUUCAUAAAAUUCAGAGUUAAAGAUUUUGUCUAGCGUCAUCUCACUGCCACCCGUGUCUGUUCCAUAAACUAGCUUCAAGACCGUCUUCACCCUGUAAAAUAAGUUAAAUCAGGCGAAGAACUACUUUUUAUUUCUGUUCUUCAUACGAUGAGUGGGUAUUGUACUCAAAAAAUCCUUCAGAGUUAAUGCUCUUUCAGUAAUUUUCUUCGGGAGUCCUGUAGCAUGCGCUGUACUAAUUGCCUCGCUUCUUAGGUUCAAGCCAUUGACUGCUUCAUAAAGACACACCACUCUUCCUUCGUGAGGGACUGUCCUCAUUGUCUUGUGUUAAGAACAUCAAAAUGUUUCUCAAGCUGAAAACUUACCAGGUAUUGCACUUGCGGUCCAUACAUUUGGAGUUGCCUUAGUAUUGUAUGGUUGUGGGUAGCUAUGAUGGUAUACGGACAUUCAUUUUUCAGCAAUAGGAAUUCUGCCAUAGCGAUUGUAAGCGCAUCUAACUCUAACUGAAAAAAAUGAAAAUUUGGUUACAAUAUAUGGUUAUAGGAGUAUUACAUGUUUAAGGUAUUUAGCAGUAAUUAUAUCGUGAUAAUUAGAUUUGUUGCACAUGGUUCUAUGGGUUGUCUUAUGCUAUGCUCUUGUCAAACAUCAGGAAUACUCAUUUUUAUUCACUAUAUAUAUAGCAUUUUGUGGAUUUCCUAGCAUCCCGUUUGUUAGGUAUUGUAGUCAAGUUUCUUGAUUUAUAAGAGUUUGGUAUUAAUAGUUUAAAUUUACAUCACUGCAUAUCGCGGACUAGAACUCCCACAUGCAUUGAUGUAAACAUUUGUGUGGCGUUUUAACUACACCAUAACCAAACAAACCUGUAUUAGUAGUUUUACCAAACUUUAGUUAAACAUAAUUCCUAUCUUUCUCUAACUCAUCUUCCCGUAGUAGUUUUUAGGUGUUAGACUUACCUUGUUUACGGACUUUGCAAACUCGUCCAUUAUUAUUAAAGUUUUACUUGUUAAGUUUCUUAAAGCAACUGAGGCCAUUUGAAGUGCCAUCAUAUAGGUCGAACAGUUAUCUCUUUCAGUAGAGUUUGUACCUGUGAGUAUAUGUAUUGCAUCAAACGCAGAAAUUGUUGCCCCUUCAGCCGGAAUAUAGCUUCCUAUGUGCGUUAAGUAAAUUAUUAAGGCGAUCUACAAGUAAACAAAAAAGCGUAAACAUGCUAGGCAAGUAUAUUUUUAUGCCCAUAUAUUUGCUAGCAGUGUACUUUACCUCGGUAAAUAAGUGCUUAAGUCCUCACUAGGAUAUUAAGGUACGAAAACUUGUAACUCCCAACCUUAUAUUACAUCUAAUAAUAACUAGCGUUGAUACACAAAAGGCCCCACUUGAUACUCCAACACGUAUUGCAAUUAGUUACGUUUGUGGUCGCAUCACUAAAUUUCGGAAUAUUUUGGUCCAAAACUCUUUGAUUUAGUGAUUUUUAAAAGAUUUCAUUCGAAGCAUCAGUCAGUCAGCUACAACGUAGG